UUUCCCAUUGGAGUCUUCUGUUGCCAGUCAAUACACGCCUGUGUUCCAGCUCUCCGCCUCCCCAAUUCUUCUCUCGGCUUCGCUUGGCGACCGUCAUAUUGGCUGUCAGGAAGAAGGAAAGACCACGGGCGAAAGCGGACCGGUGGUCGAGCAAGGGGGACGCGAUUUUCUUUAAGUAACGGAAAGAAUUCCAUCUUGAUUACGACUACAUGAUAUGCGUUAAAACCCAGCCACAGGAAUGAGAAGAAUCGCCAUAGUUUCCCUUGUUUCAUUCGCCACCGCGAAUCGCCAGGGGGAUAUGUGCUCGAGUUCUUUUAGCCAUUUUUUGCAGACAAAAGAGAGCGGUUAAAAAGGAAGACAAAAGAGUGAAAAGGUCUCGGGCCCCUGUUCGAUGGACAGAGUGGGCAGGAUGUGGAGCAACCUGAAGAGCCGCUGUCAGACGCUGUUCCACCCGGAGGGCCCCGGGCGCGGCGAGGGCGGGCUGGAGGUCCCCGACGUGCGCUGCGUGGUGGACCCGGCCCGAGGCCUCCGCCUGGCCGACCCGCUGGGCCCCCGGGCCCUCAGCCCCGCCCGCAGCCUCUCCCCGCUCCCCCUGCAGCCCGCGGGCAGGCGGGGCCACAACUGCGUCUCGGACGUCCCGCAGAUCGUGGAGAUCAGCAUCGACAAGGAGGCCGAGGACCCCCGGGGCGUCCCCAUGGCCCGGCGGGACUCGUACUCCCGCCACGCGCCCUGGGGCGGCAAGAAGAAGCACUCGUGCUCCACCAAGACGCAGAGCUCCCUGGAGACGGACAAGCGGCCGGGGCGGGGCCGGGCGGGCGGCGGCGGGGCCCGCCGGGAGCGGCGCUACGGCGCGGGCUCCGCCCACGACUCGGACCCGUUCUCCGGCCGCGCCCUGGGAGCCCGCUCGCUCCGGCAGCGCAUCCACGACACGGUGGGGCUCUGCCUGCCCCUCCGGCCCCGGCCGCGGCCCUCCAAGGCCCUCUUCGCCUCCAAGCGCAAGAUCCACCUGACGGAGCUGAUGCUGGAGACCUGCCCGUUCCCCCCGGGCUCCGACCUGGCGCACAAGUGGCACCUGAUCAAGCAGCACACGGCCCCCGUCAGCCCGCAGUCCUCGGGCACCCUGCUGGACGCCUGCGACCCCCGUAGGACCUCCCCCGAGGAUGAGGAGGAGCGGCUGCGGGAGAGGCGGAGGCUGAGCAUCGAGGAGGGCGUGGACCCCCCGCCCAACGCACAGAUCCACACCUUCGAGGCCACGGCGCAGGUCAGCUCCCUGUACAAACUGGGACCAAAGAUGGCCCCCGGCAUGGCCGAGGGGUCCGGGGAGGCCGCGGCCCCGCCCCCCGCGGACUGCGACUCGGAGGAGGACUCCACCACCCUCUGCCUGCAGUCGCGCCGGCCCAAGCAGAGGCACACGUCCGGGGACCCGCACCCCGCCCGCCAGGGCCCCUGGAAGGUGCACACGCAGAUCGACUACAUCCACUGCCUGGUGCCCGACCUGCUGCAGAUCACCGGCCUGCCCUGCUACUGGGGCGUGAUGGACCGCUACGAGGCGGAGGCCCUGCUGGAGGGCCGGCCGGAGGGCACCUUCCUGCUGCGCGACUCGGCGCAGGAGGACUACCUGUUCUCCGUCAGCUUCCGCCGCUACAACCGCUCCCUGCACGCGCGCAUCGAGCAGUGGAACCACAACUUCAGCUUCGACGCGCACGACCCCUGCGUGUUCCACGCCUCCACCGUCACCGGGCUGCUGGAGCACUACAAGGACCCCAGCUCCUGCAUGUUCUUCGAGCCGCUGCUCACCGCCCCGCUCCACCGGAGCUUCCCCUUCGGCCUGCAGCACCUGGCCCGCGCCGCCAUCUGCCGGCGCGCCACCUACGACGGCAUCGGCGCCCUGCCCCUGCCCCCCGCGCUGCACGACUUCCUCAAGGAGUAUCACUACAAGCAGAAGGUCCGCGUGCGCUGGCUGGAGCGGGAGCCCCUCAAGAUCAAAUAG